AGGAAGGUCACACCAUCCCCCACCAUCAUCAGGUUGAAGAUCUGAUGAUCAUGAAAACUGAGUGUGACGUAGAAGAGACGUAUGUGAGGGAUGAUCAGCAAUAUACGGAGGAGGCUGGAAUGACGAGGACAUUCAUAGAGGAGGACACUCCUACAGAGAUCAGCACAGGACGCGCCAUGGAGAAACCCUCGAAGGAUCAUCUUAGACCAUGGAAUCCCUCUGACCCUCAGGAACCUCGUACUGUGAGGGGUGGUGCCGGGAUUCCAGGGGAACAGAUAUUCUCCUAUCCAGUUUGUGAGGAAAGUUUCCCGUCUGAAUUAAGACUUGGUGAACAUCAGAGAUCUCCCACGGGUGGAAAGCUCCAUUCCUGUCCUGAGUGCGGGAAGUUUUUUUCACAGAAGUCCACUCUUUCCAGACAUCUGAGAUUACACAGGGGGGAGAAGCCGCAUUCCUGCCCCGAGUGCGGGAAAUGUUUUUUACAGAAGUUCCAUCUUUACAUCCAUCAGAAGACCCACACGGGCGAGAGGCCGUAUUCCUGCUCCGAGUGCGGGAAAUGUUAUAUACAGAAAUCAGACCUCGUUAGACAUCAAAGAUUUCACACGGGGGAGAAGCCGUAUUCUUGCCUUGAGUGCGGGAAACGUUUUUCGCUGAAGUUCCAUCUUGACAUCCAUCAGAAGUCUCACACGGGCGAGAAGCCGUUCUCCUGCACCGAGUGCGGGAAAUGUUAUACACAGAAAGCAAAGCUGGUUAUACACCAGAGAUCUCACACGGGGGAGAUGCCGUAUUCCUGCAAUGAGUGCGGGAAGGGCUGUUCGAAUAAAUCGGACCUUGAUAAACAUCAGAGAUCUCACAUGGGGCUGAAGCCGUAUUUGUGCCCCGAGUGCGGGAAAUGCUUUUCGCAGAAGUUCUGUCUUAACCGACAUCAGAGAUCUCACACGGGCGAGAAGCCGCAUGUCUGUCUAGAGUGCGGGAAAUGUUAUAUGCAUAAAAAAGACCUUGUCAAACAUCAAAGAUCUCAUACGAUACAGACUUCCGUCCACAAAUAAUAUCGGUCUUCUCCACCAGCCGAAAUAUACACGAUAUUGUCAAAAGUAUUGGGACGCCUGCCUUUACACGCACAUGGGCCCAGAUUCACAGAGAGCAGGGCGCACA